AUGAGCACAACGGAACUCGCUUCCGUCCUCCAGCAGUCCAACAGCCUAGCCAAAGCUCUCGCCGACCCCAUCGAAGACGAACCCAAUAUCAUUGCAACUGGAAAGUCAUCGAACCGAAAUUUCCGACGCGUCCGCAGUGAGAACGACGCGCCAAUACCCAGUAUAUCAGAAGAAUGGGAAAAGCGCAAUCUCCCGAAGCCACGAACAGAUACACUUGAUGAUACACCACAGUCUACGAAAGUUGCAGGUGCGGCUGAGCCUGUACCUGAAGUCCCAAAGAAAAAGGGUGGACUAAGUGCAUUGAUCAAAAAAACGGACCCAAGACGCAUGUUCAAACGCACCCAGAGCUUGCACGUCGAUACCAGUAGUGACAUACCCGAGACAAUGAAGGAGAUCGAGUGCCCAAGCCCGGUUGUGGACGUAGAUAUAGGACCGUGGAGUACAGAGGCAGGAGAUUUGUUUGAUUGGAGACCGCCAGGCAGGGAGAAGAAGUAG